UGAACCCUAUCAGCCAGUUGCGAUCCGGGCAUCCUUGGGGUGAGAGCCUUAUCGCAGGUCCUCGUCGCGUAGUGUAGUGCGAGAUCGGAUUCGCUUAUCUUUUGCAAUUUUGUGAAGAUAUAUUUAUACAUAUAUAUAUUUUUUUAUCGGAGACGUUUGUGAUAAUUAGACGUGUUCUGUAGUGUUUACCAAAAAAAAGGGUGAACAAUCUUUUUUUUUUUUUAAUACAGUCCUUGUAUUUGGGAAACAUUUGAAAAGAUAGUCUUAGCUGGGAACAAAGUUUUUUUUUGUGUGGAAUAGAAAAAAACCAGCAAAGCAAGGGGAAGAAACGAAGAAGGAAAGAACUUAACGAAACAAAGAGAGAGAGAGAGAGAAGCAAAACAAAAUCAGAAAACGAGAAAGCCCCCCACCAAACUCCCCCCCCCCACCGAAAAAACAACAACAUAAACAAUAACAAGAAUAAAAGAAAACCGAAAAAAACCCUCAAAAUGUCCCCCCACUUUACCCUUCGGUCCAGCCCCUCCUCCAACCUCCUCCUCCACCUCCUCCUCGUCCUCGUCCUCGCAGUCGUCUCUCCUCGCACGACCCUCGCGCAGGACACGACCUCUGGCGCCCCAGACGACCUCGAGCUCACGAUCCUCCACCUGAACGACUUCCACGCGCGCUUCGAGGAGACCAACGUGUACUCGGGCCGCUGCACCGACGGCGACCGCGAGAAGAACAGGUGCUACGGAGGAUUCGCCAGAAUCAGCACGGCCGUCCAGACCCUCCGCAGCCGCCGGCCCAACGUGCUGUUCCUCGCCGCCGGAGACUACUACCAGGGCACCGUGUGGUAUACCAUCCACAAGUGGCGCGCCCUCGCCCACUUCCUCAACCUCAUCGGCCAGGACGCCAUGAGAGGAAUAGGCAAAGACGAAGAAAGGACAACGAAAGGAAAAUAGAAGAAGGAAAAGGAGGAAAGAUAGGAUGAUAAAGACGCAGGAGGAACGGUGUGAAAAGGAGAUGAGGAGAGAGAUAAAGUGGAAGUGAAGAUAAUAGGAUAAACAAGGAAAAGAAAGACUGAGGAUGAGAAGGAGACUGGAAGAGGAUGGAGGAUGGAGAGGAAGAGAAGG